GAUGUCUGCUAGCGCCCUCCGCCGCGCGUUCUAUAAUUUUAAACGUAUAGACGGUCCUUUAUAUGUUCUCCUUUCACGUGCUGUAAAUACAGGAGACUCUCAAAAAUGCCUACUAUGGACACAACCAAAGACAAUGAGGGAUUCACCCUCGUUCAAAGCAGAAAGUCGCGGAAACGCAAGUUGCCCAUGGAGACGGAGCCCGAGCAAGUAUCCAAAGGGGAAGAAAUAGUUUAUCCGCCAGCAAAGCAGGAAAGAUUGCGAACUUCGAGGGAAGUGAGGCGCAUAGCAAUCCCGCAGCACCGUUACGCCCCCCUCAAGGCAAACUGGCUCAAGAUCAUGUCACCCGUCGUCGAAUACCUGCACCUUCAGAUCCGUUUCAACCUCCACACGCGGAAUGUCGAGAUAAAGACAUGCAAGGAGACUCAGGAGGUCGGCGCCCUGCAGAAGGCUGCAGACUUCAUCCGCGCCUUCAGCCUCGGUUUCGAAGUAGACGAUGCCCUGGCACUUGUCCGUCUGGACGACCUGUUCCUGGAGUCCUUUGAGAUUCAGGACGUGAAGCCACUGAAAGGGGACCACCUUGCACGCUGCAUCGGCCGUAUCGCGGGAAAGGGAGGGAGGACAAAGUUCACCAUCGAAAACGUCACCAAGACCAGGAUAGUCCUGGCGGACAGUAAAAUUCACAUCCUAGGUUCCUAUCAAAAUAUUCGUGCAGCACGUACAGCCAUCUGCAGUCUCAUCCUCGGCAAACCACCUUCCAAAGUAUAUGGGAAGAUGCGGCAAUUGGCCAACAGGAUAGGAGAACGCUUCUAACUUAUUAAACUGUGAGAUAACUUAUCUGCGAAUAAACUAGUCUCGACAGUACAAAGUGAACCA